ACCACUAAGUAAUAUAAACAAAACAAAACAAAGCCGGUAUCUGAAAGCCAAUUUGAAAUACUUUAGUUAAUAAUCCACGCAAAACCAAUUUCAUCCAUGUCCAUGUCAGGUGUAUCAUCAGCGCGCGAGUCCCUCUCCCACGCGAUGAACAACCGCUUCCUUCCCAACCUGGAGUACUUGCUGCAGGGCUCCAUCCUGGACUCCGCCGUGGAGCACCUGAUGCACAGGCUCAAGGGACUCUGCGACAAUGUGGACACCUCGCCGGAGCACUUUCACGACCUGGAGGUGUGCAUGAGCCUGCGCCAGCCCAACGCCAACCAGCCGCUGCUGCUUCGAGUGCGCCGGGCCCUCGGUCGCGAUGCUCCGUUCCAGAUGCGCUACUUGGGCAACCCCGAGGUGGACCAGCGGCGGCCCACGCUGGUGCGCAGCUGCAUGGACUGCGCCUGCACCAAUGGCAUCUUGGAGUUUCUCACAGAGAUGGGCUUUCGCCUGGAGUUCGAGUACAUAGCCAAGGGCUACAUGUUUCGCAAGGGUCGCAUGAAAAUCACCGUCUCCAAACUCAUUAAAAUCGUGCCUGGCAAACAGCAAGAUAUGGCCAACGAGCCCAUCUCGCAGUCUCACAUAGUGGAACUCUCGGUGGUGGCGCCCACGGGGCAGGAGAAUGUCGGCGAGGAGAUGCGCGUGUUCGCCGAACAGCUAAAGCCGCUGGUUCAGCUCGAGAAGAUCGACUACAAGCGGCUGGGCGGAAUGCCAUAGUAAAUGUAAUAAAGGUACACUUCGUGUUUCUUCAACAGUAAUUUUAUUGCUUAACGAUAAGGACAUAGAAAAAUAUACAGACAACAAA